ACCAUGGCACCGGGGCUGCCCCUCGGCUCCGUCCUCCUCGCCCUCGCCGCCUGGCUCGGGGGUCCCCGGCUCGGCGCGGCCACCGGAGCAGCGAGCGGCAGGAGGGGCCCGGCGGCCGAUGCGUGCGGAGGGAGGGGCCUGUCAUCAGUGACAAAGAACAACGGACUACUCAAUAUCACCUUUAAAUAUGACAACUGUACACCUUACCUGAACUCAGUGGGCAGACACGUGAUCGGGGACGUGCAGAACAUCACUAUCAGUCAGUAUGCCUGCCAGGAACAGGUUGCUGUGAUGAUACUUUGGACAGCAAAUGCCAUUGGGAUUGAAUACCUGAAAGGAUUUCGAGUAAUACUUGAGGAGUUAAAAUCAGAGGGAAGACAAUGCCAGCAGAUGGUUUUAAAAGAUCCAAAGCAGCUCAGCCCUGGUUUUAAGCGAACAGGAAUGGAAUCCCAGCCCUUUGUAAAUUUGAAGUUUGAAACAGAUUACUUUGUAAAGAUUGUUCCUUUUCCUUCUAUUAAAAAUGAAAGUAAUUAUCACCCAUUUUUCUUCCGAACCAGACCAUGUGAAUUGUUGCUACAGCCAGAAAACCUUGUCUGCAAACCUUACUGGAAGCCAAGGAAUGUGAAUGUUACCCAGCAGGGUUUUAACAUGCAAGUGUCCUUUGAUCAUGCACCUCACAACUUCGGGUUUAGAUAUUACUUUCUUCACUACAAACUCAAGCAUGAAGGGCCAUUUAAGCAAAAGACCUGCAAACAGGAGCAAAACACAGACACUACAAGUUGUGUUCUCCAAAACGUAUCUCCAGGGGAUUAUAUAAUUGAGCUGGUUGAUGACACCAAUACAACAAGGAAAACAAUGCACUAUGCGCUAAAACCAGUGCAUUCCCCGUGGGCUGGACCGAUCAGAGCCAUUGCCAUCACAGUCCCUUUAGUUGUCAUUUCAGCAUUUGCAACCCUUUUCACAGUGAUGUGCCGCAAGAAACAGCAAGAAAAUAUAUAUUCCCAUCUAGAUGAGGAGAGCUCAGAAUCUUCAGCAUAUGCUGCAGGUCUCCAUGUGGAAAGACUUCGUCCCCGGCCAAAAGUGUUCAUCUGCUAUUCCAAUAAAGAUUGCCAGAAACACAUUAAUGUCAUCCAGUGCUUUGCUUAUUUUCUUCAGGACUUUUGUGGCUGUGAGGUGGCUCUAGAUUUGUGGGAAGAUCUAAAAAAUUGUAAAGAAGAUCAGAAGGAGUGGCUUGUUAAAAAAAUGAAUGAGUCCCAGUUUAUCAUCAUUGUAUGUUCCAAAGGAAUGAAAUACUUUGUUGAAAAAAAGAACUGGAAGCACAGAGGGGUAACCAAAGAUGCAGGAAAGGGAGAACUCUUUCUGUUUGCUGUGUUGACUGUUGCAGAGAAGCUUCGUCAAGCAAAGCAGAAUUCAGCUGACCUGUGCAAGUUCAUUGCAGUCUACUUUGAUUACUCCUGUGAAGGAGACAUCCCUGCUAUUCUGGAUCUGAGCACAAAAUACAAACUCAUGGACAAUCUGCCUCAGCUGUAUUCACAUUUACACUCCAGAGAUCUUAGUGGACAGGAUUCAGAGGUGUUUCCCGUUAACAUUAGCAAAAGGAAUUAUUUCAGGAGCAAAUCUGGGAGGUCCCUCUAUGUUGCUAUUUGCAACAUGCAUCAGUUCAUUGAUCAGGAACCAGAUUGGUUUGAGAAACAAUUUAUUCCCUUCCCUCCACCUUCUUUACAUUACUCGGAGCCUGUCAUGGAAAAAUUUGAUUCAGGCUUGGUUUUAAAUGACUUAGUGAAUAAACAGGUGAUGGAUGGUGAUUUUUACCUGAAAACAGAUGUAAAUAUUAUUUCAGCAGGGAAUUCAGACUCUCACUGUAUAAUUCAGCACUUAAACCUUGGAGAAGAUAUAGAAACUCAGGACAUUCAAGGUGGUGGCAGCUCUGUUCUUCAGCCACUGUUACACGUUGUUAAAGCUUCAAAAGACAUGCCUCGAGAUUCUGGAAUCUACGAUUCCUCUGUUCCUUCAUCUGAAUUAUCUUUACCUUUAAUGGAAGGACUAUUGACAGACCAAAUGGAAACAUCUUCCAUUACAGGAAGUGUUUCUUCAUCAUCAGGUUUAGGGGAAGAAGAACCUCCUGUAAUCACUGCUACAAAGUUCUUAGUGCCUGGAAUAUGUAAGGCAGAACUUCAUUGCCACAUCCAUACUGAUGAACUGCAGGCAAUUGCUCCUUUAUAAUCCAUUACAACGUUGUUAUGCAUUGCCACUUUAUCAACAGCUCUGUUUGUGAUUUAACUACCACUGUCUCAGCACUAAACCUACUUGAAGGAACAAAUAGUCCCUGAAGAAGAUCUGUUAGUCCAUUUUUUGUGGCCAGUAAACUUUAAUCUGUUGGUCUUUUUAUAACAAGUCUUUCAUGAUUUGAAAAAUGCAGCGUGGAAGAAUAGAAGCGAAUACAUUUCAGAAUUAUUCCUGUUAUAAUUUAAAUGUCAUGAUAUUACACUGUUUACAGAUGCCAUAAUCAUACUGUUUUUUGCUAGAAA